AUGAACUACAAUGAUGACGUGAUGAACCCCAAACCCAUUCACAACAUUAAUUCUCUCAAUAUAACUCCGGAUAGAAAAACAAUUCUUAUACUUACAAAAGAGUAUCAUAAUUUAUUGCUGGAACCAAUAGAAGGGGUGACUGUCCAUCCAGACGAGAAGAAUAUUUGCAUAUGGUAUUUUCUAAUUCACGGUCCUAUUAACACCCCAUAUUACAAGGGUCUAUAUAUUGGAGUAAUAAUAUUCCCACCAAACUUUCCUUAUAGCCCCCCAGAAAUCCAAAUGAUCUCCCCUAAUGGCAAGUUCAAACCAAGACGAUCAAUCUGCCUUUCGCUUUCAAGCUUCCAUGAAGAAUGCUGGAAUGCUUCUUGGACGUUUGAAAAGAUUAUUGUUGCAUUGGUAUCAUUCAUGGUUUCUGACGAGCUCACUUCGGGAUGCUACAGAAAUGAAAUAAUAACUGAAUUCGAUAAGCUACUAAUUGCAAAAAAUUCAAAAGAAUGGCUCUAUCGCAAUUGCAGCAUUUUUAAAAAAAUGUUUCAAAGCGAAUACCAGAUAAUAAAUAAAAUUUACGAUUCUAUUCUACCGAACAAUUCCAAGAACUAUUUAAUUGAUAUUUUGCUUAAUGAACCACUUCAGAUAUCCACAAAUGUGUUUAAUGUGAAUAAAAGACUAGAGGAUUACAUAGAAAACUAUUCCCAAAUUGAGCUUGUGUUACUGGAUUAUCCUCAAACAAAACGGAAUGAAAUCAUAGAGAAAUUUUUUAAAUUAUCUACAACCCGUGAGGAAAUCCGACAACUAGAAUUGUUCCAUUCGGAAUACUAUCAGAUGAAUGAUGUACCUUCAAGCGACAGUUUUCUUUCUGACGAAGGAGAUGAGGAGGAACCAGAGUUCUAUUCAACAGAAGAUGAAGGGUAA